GUUCUACUCUUGCAUCCAAAGGUGACUCCGGCGAUCGGUAGCCGGCUGUUUCCUGGAAGGAUCUGUUCAUCAAAUUGGGCCUUCGUCUGGACUCUCUGGAACUUGGAUGGUCCAAACUUUCACAAACCCUAUAUCGAAGGUGUUACGCUGGCUUAAGAGCCUAUCAUCACACCAUAUGGCCUGUUCGGCCCUCCUGCUACGUUGACUUCGUUGACGUAUUCCACCGUUUGACCAACACUGCCGGCAGUCCUUUCCUUGGAACCAACUACGCCGAACGGUUUUGAUACGCGAUGGACGGAAGUGUGGUUGAAGGUAUUUCUACCUCUCUUCAGACCUGCCCUCCUGAUACCCAAGCUUUCAUGGCCUUGGGAGAUCUCCCGAAUUCUCCAUCCAUUUCGCAUCUGCAUGUAAAUGAUCUGGGGCUUACACCUCCCCCUGGGUCCCCGCUGCAGCAACCUACCGACGUUCUUCGAAACUUCCCCCAGGGUGAGAAGCAUGAAUCGUCUGACGGAACUCCGAUGAGGACAACAGAUGGGCUUGCAAUGCAAGAUGGUUUAGACCCGUCGACAGGUAUUGGUCACGAUGGACUUGGUCAGAAGCAAGGGCAUACGUUGUCUUCUUGGGGAACCGAAGGUUCCGGUCAUGCAAACCAACAUGUUGAGAAGCAGUCGACCGCCAGUGACAUGCCGAUGUCUACAGCCGAUGAAAGCACGACCUCGAAACAAGAAAUCCUUCCCGAGACGGACCACAACGCGAUCGACGCGAACAAAGCAUUCUUCUUCGACCAAGUAUUUGAUUCGGAAGCUGUUUUUCGGGAACUGGACGCGGUUUUCGCGUCUCGGAAACGGUCUGGUGAGGACGCAUUUCCAGGAGAAUUUGACUUUUGGACACAGCCGGUGAAAAAGCGAUCCGUCGAUCCGACUACGAACGAGCUAUGCACCACUCCAGAUGAAACCCCCUCCCUGUCGUCGGCAGACUCGAUCGCACGGCUUGAACAAGGAGAUAGUUUCCCCCACACUCCCGCAGGGACAGAUCCGGCAAAGUCCCCCGACCAAUUGUUCAAUUCGCUGGAUACACUUUUCGAGGAUCCCGACUUUGAUAUGCCGCUGGAGACGCCUGACAGCUUCCCUUUUGAUAUGGAGCCCACCUCAUUUUUCGAUCAACCGCCCGAUCAGGAGCAACUAGCCCCCAACCCGGUCAGCUGCCCCAACACCGGCGAACAGGUCCCAGAGCCUGCGGAGAACAUGGAUGUCGCACCCGGACCCGGACCCGCUCAACCGUGCCUCAGCGAUAUUACCAAAGAGCGGUUCUCGCUUGACUCUCAGGACGUCAUUGCCAGCACCAGUCGGGAGGCUCUGCAACGGAUUUACCAGGAGCCGGAGUACACAUCGCCCUACCCCGCAUAUGGAGGUCCACUCGGGUAUUUCCCAUCUGCGCCAAGUGUCCACGUCCGCUGCAUAGAAGUUGGGGAUGACCGGACCAACUAUCGGGUCUCCUGUUUGAAGCACAAAGUCCAGCACCUUACGUGUGAGCGAAACAAGUACCGGAAUGCAUGGCACGAAUGGUCGACGCUCGACCAAAAGACGGGAAAAACGAAGGAGCAAAUGCUCCGCGAGGAAAAUGCGACCCUCAAGCGCGUCUCGUCGCAACACCAGAACCGCGCCGAGCAGUACAAGAAGGAGAUUAUCGAGUGGAAGAACAAGAUGCGCGAAUUGGGCAUGACCUACAACAAUCUCUUGUACGAGAUCCAUGUCCAGCGCCAGAUGCCUGCCGUGACGCCGAUUCCCGCCGGAUACAAGCCCCCGACCGCUCGGGGCCCUCCGCCGGCAGCCGUGACACCGUCGGCAUCUGGACCACGUCUCGUGCCCCAUGGCGCACCGGCGCCUGACGCCUCCGCUGCCCGAGGGCACCAGCAGCAACCGCAACAGCCUUGUGCGACGGCCACCUUGGCUUCGCGCCCGGCAAACCGUGAGUCUAGACCCCAGCCGGUCACCAUCGAUCUCACGGAGGACACGACCGAGCAGUCACCCGCUCCGGCGCCGGAGCCGUCGCCAGAAGAGAAACGACAGCGCAUCGAGAUGCUCCAAUCACUGCGCAACAAGAAAUACGGCUGGCUCAACGAGACGGAAUCGACGGGGUACUCGGGCGCACGACGUCCUGAUGGGGUGGCACCCGUCUCGAUCAGCCACCGCGAUCAGCCGAACGGCGAGGCAGCAGGACAAGGAAACAGCGGUGACACGGACGACGAACUGGCGCGUGCAAUGGAAGAGGAAUUGGCACAAGCCUGAAGAUUGAUGAUACCCAUACUACCAUACAUACUUGCAUGGAACACUUGAUUUCGGGGCGUUUUUUAUGUAUUUUUAGACAUUUAGCAUAGCGAUCUGGGAAACCGGCAUUUGCCGUGACUCGAAAAGGACGAGUUACUUUAUGAACAUUUACACUAUACAAUAUACA